UUCUUCGUCGGCCGUCACUUUGGUCACUUCGCCCAGCGCCUGCGGUAUCGGCGCUUGACUAGGCAGCGAGAGGCCGCUCCGAAAAACUCGAGCCAGGACCAUGGCUACGCAAACCAAGAGCCGAUUUCCACUCUUACCAAAAAUAGUAAAUGGUGGCAUUGCGGGCAUCAUCGGUGUCACAUGCGUCUUCCCCAUUGACUUGGUCAAGACAAGACUUCAAAACCAACAGAUCGGGCCAAAUGGAGAACGCAUGUACCGCUCCAUGCUCGACUGCUUUCGGAAAUCCUAUGCAGCAGAAGGCUUUUUUGGCAUGUACAGAGGUUCAGCAGUGAACAUCGUGUUGAUUACGCCGGAGAAAGCCAUCAAGCUUGCUGCUAAUGACUGGUUUCGCCAUACUCUUUCAUCUUCAAGUGGUAAACUGAGCUUAACACAAGAGAUGCUUGCUGGCGGAGGGGCAGGAUUUUGCCAAAUCAUUGUCACCACACCGAUGGAGCUGCUUAAGAUUCAACUACAGGACGCUGGCCGCACAGGUGGCGAUGCCAGCAAGCGCCUGUCGGCACGAGCAGUGGCUACGCAGCUUGUUCGUGAGCGAGGCCUGGUUGGCCUCUACCGUGGGACGGGGGCCACUAUGCUGCGUGAUGUCACCUUCUCGAUCAUCUACUUCCCGCUCUUUGCGCACUUAAACUCCCUAGGGCCCAGUAGAUCCGACGGCACAUCGGUUUUCUGGGCAUCAUUCCUUGCGGGCUGCGGAGCCGGCUCGGCAGCCGCCUUCCUCGUUAACCCCUGUGAUGUCAUCAAGACACGCCUCCAACUGCUCAGCCGUGCACCAGGGGAGGCCUCUUAUACAGGCAUUCCCAACGCAUUUGUUCGCAUUCUUCGAGAGGAAGGGGUGCGUGCCUUCUUCAAGGGAGCCGGAUGCCGUGUCAUUGUGAUUGCACCCCUGUUUGGUAUCGCUCAGACCGUUUACUUCCUGGGCGUGGCUGAAUACUUGCUUGGCAUGCAGAGAGCUAAGACAGCCUAGUCCACGUCUUGAAACUGUUGCUGCCAGAAACCCUGACACGGAAAACCACAAGGGCUUUCGAAUCAAAAUUUCUGUUUGGGCCUAUGCCUCCUGCACAGCAGUUUGUUCUAGUUACAAUCGCACAAGGUGCAAUCCCAAGCAGUUUGUGUGACACGCAUUGACUGUAAACAACUCCCGAGUCAUCACUUCCCCUGCCUGCCCAAAAGGUGCUGAAAAAGGAGGUUUCAAACGAGUUUAAAACUGAGAAAAGAAAGGAAUGCCAUGACUGAGGAGGAAACUGGGCGAUUCCCACGUUUUCACGCAGCACUUGCACAGCUGUCGAUUUACUUGUUCUCAUUGAAACCACUCUUGGAUUAGGAAGGAACAGCGCCAACUAAGAUGAUUACGAGAGGGAGAACGACACAGGUCAAGCGCCAACUCUUGGAGCUGUGGAAGUGCUGCUGCAUAGGUCUGCUGUAUUGACAGUUUAUGUUUCAAGUGAUUAAUUGUGAAUGGAUGAUGACUCAAAUUGUUGCCAUAGUUUUGAAAUGUACAGCCAUGUUCUGUAUGCACUCUUGUUAGUGAAUAGUACUGAAAUCAAUACUGUCUACUAUCCAUGGCAAGGCAUAUCUAAGUGUCAUCUCAGUAUUCUGAGCGAUUGUAUUGAGCUCCUGACCUGAAUGCUAUGCACCAGAGAUGUGGGCAAAGGUAUAUAUUUUUCGAGUUCUCAAGAGUUUUCAAACCUCGCACACCUGUGAAAGCUUGUGACACAAGAGUAAUGGUAAUUUCUAUAAAUUGUUGCCAGAACGGAUAGAUGGCAGCUUUAUACUGUCAAGAUCGUCCUCUGUGAAAAACAGUGGUCAUUGUUCAGAAACAUGACCUCUCACUAACUAUACAAAGAAUAGCGAGCUGUUGUGGACUUUUCGUAGCCGUUUUCUAAGCCAGCCAUUGCCUGCCUUCUUGUCAUGAAGUUUUUGUGGACCUGACACGAGAACUCGCUAUACGAUUAUGUUUCACAGCUUUUACCUUUCGUCGACUUCUCUUCGUCUGCUAGAUGCUGUGCACUUGUAAUGCAAAGGUUGGAACGUUGCUGUGAGUGCUGCAGUGUUUUCGCUAACCUGUCUGUGAGGGAAUUUUCAGUGGUCAAAAAAACAAAACAGAGUUUGAUGAGCGAAUUUUGUCAUUUGCCAUCCAAUUGGUAGCUGAGUGUUUUCUACACGUGGUCUAACAAGGAUACACAGCAAGCAUUGAGAAAAUGGUGAAAUGUGCUCAUACUCAUGGGGUCAAAAGUCUAUAGGACAUGUAGGACCUGGGGAAAAAAAAGUGGAACCUUUGCAAAUCUUGGGCACAUUGCUCAGAAUUAAGUCGCAUUCUGCAGUAGUUUGUGUGACCAGCAAAGCUGUUCAUUGAUUUUAAUGCUGCACAUUUGAACUGAGCAGAAAUUGAGCAUUUUUGCAGAACUUGCAGUGCCCCACAAACUUCUGACACCGGCUGAGCAUUGUAGUCAACAAACCAGAUAAUGCAGUGAAAUGUUUUGAAAGCAAUUCACAUAAUCGAAGUGCCAUACAAUAAUUUUUUUUCUACUUCAAAAUGAGCAUGGCCAUGUCAUUUAGUUAAGAAAGCAGAGCCAAAUGUAGUGUUUUGUAACUAAGCAUUCUUGAACUGCUUACUGCUCUGCUGGAAAAAUAAGCCUGCAUAAUACUAUGCCUGCUUACACGCACCACUUAAAGAAAGAUGUGUUGUAGACCCAUUUUCCUAAUUUUUUUGGUUCAGGCCCGAAUGUAAAGCGACCACAGUGCUUUUGCAUCGACGUGGUUGCCGUAUAUUUUUUGUAGCUCUUUAUAUACAUAUAUAUAUAUAUACACACAAGUGGUGGAUAUGGGGAGCUCUUUUGGAUGAAUAAAGAAAUGACAGCCCUAUUGCUUCUCAUUUGCAACAUAUAGUGCUCUAUUACGUAGGUGAAAAACAAAACUUUUCUGUUGCAGGUUUACUCUUGUUAAGCUGUAGAAACAAACCCAUACGACCUUGUCCUCCUCCCCUCUUUAUGUACAUAGUAACAAAUGUAGGGAGUGGUCGGUGGGGAAUGUUUUGCUCCAACUCCGGUCCUGCUAUUUAGUACUCGCCCUGUCGCAUUUGCAAAUUGUGUAUAGAAAAGCUGUAACAGUGAAAUCGAAAUAAAGAAAAGUAUUCCUGUUA